AUGGGGGAGCGGGGAGUCCUGAAACCCGACAUCCGGAACACGGUGGGGAACAUUCCCAUGGAGUGGUACCAGGAUUUCCCGCACAUCGGCUACGACCUGGACGGGAAGAAAAUCUACAAACCCCUGAGGAGCAAGGACGAGCUGGACCUGUUCCUGGAGAAGAUGGAAAACCCGGAAUACUGGCGCACGGUUCAGGACCGUCAGACGGGUGCGGAGGUGGCUCUGUCGGAGGAGCAGCUGGAGCUGGUGCAGCGCCUGCAGCGGGGGCACUUCGGGGACCUCAACUUCGACCCCUACGAGCCGUCCGUGGAUUUCUUCACUCACGAGGUGCGGAUCCACCCGGUGACCAACCGGCCCGAGGACAAACGGAGCUUCAUCCCCUCCCUGGUGGAGAAGGAAAAGGUCUCCAAGCUGGUCCACGCCAUCAAGAUGGGCUGGAUCCAGCCCCGGAAGCCCAAGGAGGGCGCUCCCGCUUUCUACGACCUGUGGGCGCGCGAGGAGCCCAACUCGGUGCUGGGCCGGCACAAGAUGCACGUGCCCGCUCCCAAAAUGCCCCUGCCGGGACACGCCGAGUCCUACAACCCGCCCCCGGAAUUCCUGCUCAGCCCCGAGGAGGAGCUGGCCUGGCAGCAGCAGGAUCCGUCGGAGCGGCGCCCGAGCUUCCUGCCGCGGCGCUUCCCGAGCCUGCGCGCCGUGCCCGCCUACCCGCGCUUCAUCCACGAGCGCUUCGAGCGCUGCCUCGACCUCUACCUCUGCCCCCGCCAGCGCAGGAUGAGGGUCAACGUGGAUCCCGAGGAUCUCAUUCCCAAGCUGCCCAGGCCGAGGGACCUGCAGCCCUUCCCCACCACACAGGCUCUGGUUUACCGCGGCCACACCAGCCUGGUGCGGACCCUGAGCGUCUCCCCCAGCGGGCAGUGGUUGGUGUCAGGCUCUGACGAUGGCUCGGUGCGGUUUUGGGAGGUGAGCACCGCGCGCUGCCUCCGCACGCUCCCGCUCGGCUCCGUGGUCAAGAGCGUGGCCUGGAACCCCAACCCCAGCAUCUGCCUGGUGGCCGUGGCCGUGGAUGAGCAGGUGCUCCUGGUGAAUCCGGGCCUCGGGGACCGGCUGCUGGUGGCAGCCACGGAUCAGCUCCUGGAUUCCUGGGAAGCUCCGGAGGAGGAGCGGAUCCAGCCCGUCCGGUGGGUCCCGGCCAGCCCCGAGGAGCGCGGCAAGGGGAUCCGGCUGCUGGUGCAGCACAGCAAGCCGGUGGUGCAGGUGACGUGGCACGGCAAGGGCGACUACUGGGCCUCGGUGGUGCGGAACCCCGGCAGCCGGCAGGUGCUGAUCCACCAGAGCAGCCGGCGCUGGAGCCAGGAUCCCUUCCGGAAGAGCCCCGGCAUGAUCCAGUGCGUGCAGUUCCACCCGCUCCGGCCCUACUUCCUGGUGGCCUCGCAGCGCUCCGUGCGCGUCUACAACCUGCUGCGCCAGGAGCUCGCCAAGAAGCUGCAGAGCAACUGCCAGUGGAUCUCCAGCAUGGCCGUGCACCCCGGAGGGGACAACGUCAUCUGCGGCAGCUACGACAGCAAGGUGGCCUGGUUCGACCUCGACCUGUCCACGCGCCCCUACCGCCUGCUGCGGCACCACGGCCGCGCCGUGCGCUCGGUCGCCUUCCACCGGCGCCAUCCCCUCUUCGCCUCCGGCUCCGACGACGGCUCCGUCAUCGUCUGCCACGGAAUGGUCUACAAUGACCUGCUGCAGAACGCGCUCCUGGUGCCGCUCAAGGUGCUCAAGGGCCACGCGCCCACCCUCGACCUCGGCGUGCUCGACGUCGCCUUCCACCCCCAGCAGCCCUGGCUCUUCUCCUCGGGCGCCGACGGCACCGUGCGCCUCUACACCUGA